GCAAGGCGUUCACGCUGCUACUGGCCAACAACUUCACGGACCCACCUGUGCUGCACGCCCUCGUCGCGCGCUUCAUGCUGCCUCGUGAUGACUUCACCCUCGAGCGGUGGCGCAUGGGGGGUGGCUACGCCAUCCACGCGUUGGUGCUGCAGGCGCUGAUUGAGUUUGCCCUCACGCCUCUACUCACGCCGCAGAUGCACACCUCCUCUCAGCUGCACGAGCACCGCGUGUUGGGGGACGAGGCGAUGGCGAACGGGCUGGUGGAGUUUGAGGGCGCGUGGCGCCGCGCCACGGAGGAGGAGCCGCUGUGCUUCCAGCGCGUGCUGCUGCCGGGGAUUCUCAAGGGCCAGGUGUUCCCCUCGUCGCCAGCGCAAGCCGGCUACCUGCAGCGCCACCUGCGGGUGAAGCUGCGCCUGCACCCGCCCCCCGCGGUGCUGUGGGGGCCGCAGGGCGUGCAGGGGUGGCGGGCGCGCGUGCUGUACAUCACACGGCUGGGCGCAGAGCUGAGGCAGCGCCGCACGUUCCUGCCGGAGAGCCAUGAGGCGCUGCUGCGACUGAUGGAGGACAUGAACAUGGAGGUGAGCAUGGCAGAACUGAGUCAGCUGACGUUCAAGCAGCAGUUCGACGCCAUCCAGUCGGCCGACAUCAUCCUCUCCCUGCACGGCGCAGCCCUCGCCAACCCGCCACUCUUCGCGCGGCGCACCACAGCGGUGGUGGAGGUGAUGCCGUACCACGUGCUGCACGAGACCUACUACGCCAUGGCUCUCAGCGCCGCCCUGCCCUACUUCAUGAAGAUGUGCCGUCGCGGAAACUUCCAGGCAGGGGACCGCGCGGAGGUGGACGCGCUGAGUGUGUACGAGUGCACGCAUGGGCACCCCGAGUGCAAGGAGUAUUUCACCCACCGGCGCCGCGUGGAGCUCACAGAGGAGGACUUGAGCGACCUGAGAGUGAUACUUGGCACGGCGAGGGAGGUGGUGGCGGCGGGGCUGGGGGGCAUGGGGGGCGUGGUGCGGCCGGACGAGCUGCCACGGUGGGCGGAGAGGCGGUUUGGCGAGCGCUGUGUGGCGCGCGAUGCGGGGCUGUUCUGCCGGAAUGACUUUGUGCGCAUCGUGGGCGGCACGGGGGAUUUCACUUGUGUGUUUUCACGGGACUGUGAGGGCCAGGAGCAGCCACAGUGA